AUGGCAGGCAGAGCUUUUGCCUUUUUCUGGGUGAUCCUCAUCGGUAGGUUCCUUCCGAGAGUAAACUUAGAUGUACCUUUUCCAGGCUCAAUGAAAGCUUUAUUGAAUUUUUGUGACAAUUUAAAAAUAAUAUAGAAGUAGUUAGUAGGACUUAUGCUAAGAAACCAAAAAAUAACUUUGAUUCUUCGAACCUCCUCAAAAUAUCAUGGUGAAGAUUUAAAAAAAGAUGUUUUUGAAAGUCACUGUGGUUAUAAAUGUCCUAAGUUUUCCUUUCUCAUCUAGCCAUCAUGCCAACAUCCAGAAAGAUGUCAUUUGAACUUUCAGGGCUUGUUAAAGCUCAAAACCCUUUGCUUAAUGCUUGCAACGCUCAGCAUAUGCAAACUUGUCAAGCUGAGUUCAACGAUGAAUUGCAAAUCGGAGGUAUGAAACUUAUGAAAAUUUUGAAAAAAUCACCAAAUUCGUUUCCAGCCUCUUUGGGUAUCUUGACUUAUCCUGACCUGAGAACGGCAAUCGAGCAAAAGUUUGCCAGUGGAAUGGCCUAUGGUCUUCUGCAAACCUGUGCCGCUUUCAAAAACUACAAAUUUUGCUAGUUUGUUUUGAAUACCUUCCCUAAUUUCUAUUUUAACUCGAUUCUAAGAGAAUCGAUUUUAGUACUUUCAAUAUGAACCCGCAUACAAAGAAGAAGAAGUGUCAACUUUUUUUUUCAAAUCUUUUGGAAAUUGUACUCAAAUACUGCUUGUACUAUACAAUAGUCCUAAGAAUCUACACCUCUACUAAUUUCUUUUUUUUUAACUGGGUCCUUUUUAUAAGCUAAAUGUGUCUGAGAGAACUCAUUUUUGCACGUUACAAGUUUCUUAAACGUUACACAUACGGUGAAAACUGAGAAGUUCUACGUGAGUCAUGGGAAAAAUGAUUGAUUUAAAAAAUGAGCUCGAAACUUUAUAAUGCAGAAUUCACACAUAGAGCCGUCAGUAGUACCCAAGAAGGGGUUUCGGUCAUAACUUCUUGUAAGAAAUUCAAUCUUUCUGGAACUUUCUGAAGUUGAGAUGACUGUUUUUUUCAACACUCUGUUGAAACUUUAGAUCACAGAGAAAAAUGUCUUAAGUUUUAAAAAAAAACGGCUUUUUGACUUUUAUAAUUGGGAAAAAACAUUAAUAAUCAAAAAUUCUUCAUUUUAAACCACUUGGUUCUUUUUAUCCCUUAGUUAUUAAGUGCCAACUCCAACGAAUACUUCUCGUGCGCUGAAAAUCCACUCGGCCUGCUGAUUCAGGGGUUCAAUCCAACUGGUUUGACUCAAUUUCAUCAGUUUUUUUCAGAGUUAACGGUACAUCGGACAUCACAAGAGACCAAGCCUUUGGGUACACGAAAAUCUGGAAUCAGUUGGAUUUUUGUUUGCGGUGCCGGAUUCUCAAGUUAGUUUCAAUUUUUGAGCUGCUGGUUUUUAAUUUUUGAAAAUUUGGGAUAUAUGCAAAUUUCGAAAAAUUUAAUAAUGAACUUUUUCAGUUUUUGCCAACUCUGAAGAUUGUGCUUCUUCUGUUUUUGGAAACAGAACAACAGACCUGCGGGACUGCGACAACGCUUUCAAUACAAAUUCUCAGCAAAAUCCCGAUCGUGCUUGCUCGUUAGUUCUCUUGAAAAAUUGAUUUCCAUUUGUCUUUUACUCUUUUUUUGCGAAGUUAUCUGCAUUUUUGUUUAUUUUAAAGCUUCAUUUGAGCUUGAUUGUAUUAACGGCAGUAGAAUGCACUGUCUACUCAAUAUUGCAUGGCAUCACGCCCUUGUUAUCAAGUUUUUUUAUCAAUACAAGUCUUGCAGAUACGUAG